CGGUAGCAGGGCUGGUUGUGAGGAGCCUGCCUUUACACAAGAGGAGAGAGAAAUCGCCGAGGGGGCCGGAGAUUGUAAUUGGGUUUUUAUUGAAAGAAAGAAAAGGAAAAAAAAAAAAAUCCGCAAUUUCGGUUUAACGGCGACAAAUUGAUAAUUUUUUUUAAAAAAAAGGAAUUGGAGAAAUACUCAAAAGAGGAAAUAUUGCUGGACUAUGGGGAAAAUGUUGGACUAAUUGAAUAGCUCCAUCAAAGAACUGGCACACACUCAGAAGACUGCCCUGUGAUAUGGAGCUGAUCCAGUCUCUAUAAGCCACUCCCAUUUGCUCUUUGCUUCUGGUCACUAAAUCUUUAACAACCUUUUAUGUGGUUCACCUAUUAUGAUGUCGCAAAAUAAUAAAGAAUCUGUAGUUAUGGCCGGGAGCCUUGUUUCUAAGGCUUUUAAUCACAAUGGAGUGUUGCAGACUGUUAUUAAACAAGAAGCCAUUGAGAACUCCAAAAGUCAAUCACCUCACAAGCAAUCUGACAAAAAUACAGCUGGGGGUGCAAAUAAUGGUGAGGAAGAGCAACGUGUAGUGAAAAAGCGAGGCUGGCCAAAAGGAAAGAAAAGGAAGAAAGUUUUACCCAAUGGUCCCAAAGCACCUGUGACUGGGUAUGUCCGAUUUCUUAAUGAGCGUCGAGAGCAAAUUCGUAUGCAACACCCAGAUCUGCCUUUCCCAGAAAUCACACGCAUGCUUGGAAAUGAAUGGAGCAAACUUCCUGCUUUAGAAAAACAGCGUUAUUUGGAUGAAGCAGAAAAGGACAAGCAACAGUACCUAAAGGAACUUAAAGAAUUUCAGCAAACUGAGGCCUAUAAACUGAGCACACAGAAAAUCCAGGAGAAGAAACUAAAGAAAGAAGAAUUAUGGCCAGGAGUUAAUGGACCAGUCCCUAAGGCCACUGAUGAUUCACCAGACAGGAUUUCCAUGUUUGACACCCCAAUUUUUACAGAAGAGUUCCUUGACCAAACCAAAGCUCGUGAAUCAGAACUGCGAAAAUUAAGGAAGUCAAAUGUGGAAUUUGAAGAGCAGAAUGUUAUCUUACAGAAACACAUAGAGAGUAUGAAUAAUGCCAAAGAGAAAUUAGAGCAGGAGUUGGCACUGGAAGAGAGACAAACACUGACACUGCAACAUCAGCUACAGGCUGUACGCCAGGCCCUGACUGCUAGCUUUGCUUCUAUUCCCAUUCCAGGCACUGGAGAAACACCAACAGAAGGAACACUUGAUACAUACAUGGCCAAACUCCACAAUAUCAUCGGGAGCAGCCCCAUUGAAUAUGAAAAACUGGUUGGAAGGGUGCAGGAGAUCAUCAGCCAGAUAGAUAGUGAGAAACUAUGAACAUGGGAAGAAAUAUUCACAAAAUGACCAUACUCAUCGCUGAUCCAAAACCAUGGGCUGCAACUUGUGGAACUUGGAUUUUUUUUAAAAUAGCUAAUUUUCACCACAAACUGUUGAAAUUAUGCAAAAUGUUAACUUUUUAGUCUCCUUGUGACUGCAUAUAUUUGGUGCACUGGUUUCGAUAAUCCUAUGAUCUACUGGGAUGUCUGUGAUUUGAAAGGUAUUGCUCUGUCUUGUAUGCAUGUUUAUAAUGUUUGAAUAUCUUUAAUGUAUGGUAAACUAGAAUAUAUGAAUUGAAUUAUGUGCAAAGAUAGGAACCUAAGGCUAUCAUAGCUAGGAGGUUUAGAUUAUAUUAUAUAUAUAUGAAUUAUUUUUUUCCGAUUCUUACUGACUAGUUUCUGGUAUUUUGUACAACCAAAAGCAUGAGUAUUUCAUUUAUACAUGAUGCAGUAGAUCUUACUGUCUCAGUUUAUCUUUUUUAAUGUUUUCAGACACUAUUUUCUACAAAAUGCAUUACUUCUAGUGUAAGAAAUUGCUAGACUAAAAAACGUCAGCAAUUUAUAAUAUUUUACACCUGUACAAAUAAUAUAUUCUGAAAGGUAAGAUAAAAGGAUUGAAUUAAGUGAGUUUCUUUGGGAUCUGAGAUCAAAUGAGGAAUUAGAAAUUUUAUCACUUUUUUUUUACCAAUUAAGAUUACAUUCCGCAGAAAUUUAUUAGGGAGGGGAUAUGUAUAGUACAGAAAAGAGGGGAUAUAUGUGGUGCAGAACAUGGGGAACAUGCUAGUCUUUUUCUCAUGCAAACAAUUCUGUAGAAUUUCUUUUUACAUUUGGUACAAAAAUGCUGCAGUUCUUUUUAGAAGGUAUCUAUUUAUAUAGGUCGUAAAUUGUUAACAACUCUGCACUAAUUAGAAUUGAUCCAGUUAAAAUCAGCAUGAUAUACAUUUAAUUAUAUUAAAAGAAAAUCUAAUUCUGUAAAUUACUUUUAAGGUGAAACUAGAAUAUUUAGAAUAGAUUCAUGAUGGAAGGUGAAUAGAAUUAUUUUACAUGUACAGUAGUCUUUUGCUGGUGGUUGGAAUUUGUGAUAGAUUCUUCUGCUAGCAAAGACACAUUUCAUACUGCUGUUCCUAUAUGCCCAAUAAAAUUGUAUGACAAAAUCAGUGUACUGGAAUAAAAAUAUUCAAGUUA